UCGAAUGACCUGGGCUGACAAAUGCUUACAGCAACCGAAAGAGAGAAUUAUUCAACCCUACAAUCCUAACAGUUCAAAUAAUAAAUAUAUCAUUAGGUCUCCAAUAUUAGUAUAAUGUAGAAGUGGAAGGAGUCAUUUUUGACAUCAUAGCCCCUCCAGACCUAUUAGACGAUGAUAACUUAGAGCCUUUUGAAGAAGAAUGAG